GUUUUUAAGUUAUUACAUUAGAAUUGAGAGUCGUGUGUCAUGAAUGGAUUAGUGGUUAGAGUGUAGGUCUGUUGAUACAUCAGUGGGUUGGUCGAUGCAGUAGUAGUGCAGUGUGUCAAUUGGAGUCGUGGUGACAGGCAGCGUGGUCGUACCAGCAAAUAUGUCGAUGAAAAGCGCAUUAGAGCCGAAACCGGGCAGGAGCACAGAUGUCGAGUCCACGGAGAGAACACCCCUCGUCAGCAAAAAUAGCGGUGGUGGUGAUGAUGGAAAUCCUAGAAGUGAUGACUAUAGCCGUGGUGGAUUAUCAGUCAAGCAGACCGUAUUCCUGAUCGCCGGCGAGAUGGCAGGCAGUGGUAUUUUGGCGCUACCCAGAGCUCUUGUCAGAACGGGAUGGCUGGGAGUACCGAUUAUAGUCGUAAUGUGUGCAGCGGCAGCGUUCAGCGGCAAGCGUUUAGGUGAUUGCUGGUCCAUCCUCGAGGAACGCGAUCCAAAAUUAAGGACCAGGAAAAGGAACCCUUACGCUAUUAUUGCUGAAAAGUCUUUGGGGACGACGUGGAGCGUGGUGGUAUCGAUGGCAAUGACGACGACACUGUUCGGCGUUGCUGUGGUGAACCUACUGCUGGCUGCGCAGAUAGUGGAGCAGGUGUUCCUAUCGCUGGUGCCGAAUGUGUCAUACUGUGCGUGGUACCUGAUUGUGGCGGGGGCCAUGACGCCGCUGAUGCUACACGGCACACCCAAGGACAUUUCCUACGUUGGGGUAAUCGCGUUUGGUGCGACUGUGGUCGCUUGCAUCCUGUACUUCAUCCAGAUGAUGAAUGACAUCAGGCCCUUCGUGUUCCGCUACGGGAUCCACGGCUUCCAGGACUUCUUCCUAGCAUUUGGCACGAUCAUGUUCGCGUUCGGCGGCGCCUCAACCUUCCCCACCAUUCAGAAUGACAUGGCUGAUAAGAGGAAGUUCAAUAAGAGCCUGAAUUACAGUUUUCUUGUAAUCCUCGGCAUAUAUCUACCAAUUGCCAUAGCUGGUUAUGCUGUGUAUGGCGAGUCAGCAGGAUCAAAUAUAUCUGCGUCCCUCUCUACCACGCCGCUCACGCUGGUUGGUAAUAUUCUCAUGGCCUUGCACCUCGUCACCGCUUUUGUGAUCAUCAUCAAUCCUGUCUGCCAAGAAAUGGAGCAGCUGUACAAUAUACCAAGAGAUUCAAUGGGAUGGCGCAUCGUGAUACGUGUUUCGGUGAUGCUUGCGAUCCUGUUCAUUGGUGAAAGCGUCCCUCGGUUCUACACCAUCCUGGCGCUGGUCGGGGGCACCACUAUCGUGCUCCUCACUUUCGUACUACCUUCUUACUGCUAUCUUAGCUUAAUGGAACAACCACUGGAGGGGGGACAGACGCCUGUCGAGAUGCCGGGCUGGAUGAAGAUGGUAUGCUGGGAAUUGGUCACCUUCGGUUUGGUCGGAGGCAUCGCGGCUGCCUACAGCGCCAUCAGCGCUAUAUUCAGCACAGCACAAGCUACGCCCUGCUACUUACGUUAAUAACUAAAUACAAUUUUUCGACUAUAGGUUCUAACAAUUUGUAAGUUAAGAAAUAGCUAGUUAGGUAGGUACUCAUUGUUGACUAUGUCCUUGCGCUUCCUCUAGUAGAGUUUUUAGUUGUUCCUGCGAGUUUUGAGGGCCCCUUGCAUUCGCUUCCAUUUCGUUUGGUCAAACUAUUAAGGAUAGAUGCUUUAGAUUUUUUUAAAAAGAUGUCUUUAAUAACACUUACUCUGUUUUAUUAUCCCUUGUAUUGAAUAUUCCAUAUAUUACAAUGUUUAAUUUACGCACUGUUUGAACUAGUUUCUUUAUAAUCUGUGGUAUCUUUAAUUUAAACGAUUCGUUAGAUAAGCGUUGAGUCUUUUAUACUUACUGAAAUGGAAAUUUUAAUUUAGCAUAAACUUUUCUAUGCACUUUGAGAAUAGAGUAGGUAUUAAUUUGGGCUCAUUACAUUAAAUACGAGAACAAAAUAUUUAAUAUUUGGCUAAUGUUAUUACUGUACUUAAUUUUCUAAUCGAUAACAUACAGAUUAGUUUAUAAAUAUUCCAUAAUUAUCGAUAAAUAAUAUCAUUAAUACACUAUUCUAAACUACCUAACUUUCUAAAAUAAUUUAUUUAUUUUAUAUUUGUAAUUAAGUUAUUUGUAAGACCAUUUGCCGUUUCCUUGUAGUUGAGCUGAUUUCUCAUUGUAGUUGUAUGUGACAAAAAGUUUCUUGUAAAACGCUCGAUGCAGUAACGGUAUUCAGGCAAUAUUUUACAGUGUUCUACGGAUUAUAGAAACGCAAUAAUUUAUUAGAACAAUGUAUUUUAUUUAGUUACUGUUAUUUUUAAAUAACAGUUUUCAAUUCUACAGCAAUAAAUCAUACUCUGAUUUAUUUGAGCAAGCUAAAUUUUCAUACUAAUCUUAUAAAAACAGCCCAUGUGUUGAGUAACAGUUAAGUAAAAUAAUCGAUUUUGACGUAUUAUGGGUAAAAAUGGUAACUUAACAUCAGGAAGUUGAAAUUUUGCUUGAAUAUUGUUCAAUUCUUAAAAAUCAUGUUCUUGUAAACUCCAAAUUAUCUUAUAGCGUAAAAGAAUUGUUCUAUAUAGUCAAUAAGGUUUGUUAGAGACUGUUAAUAACAGCUGUAAUUCGUGAUAUACAUUAGUAUAUAAUAAUAUGUAACGCAAACAGUACUAGAAAUUAAAUACUAAUUUAUAAAAAUGUGUAAGCAUUAUGACUUCAUUUUUAAAUUCCUUAUUAGCCAACUUUGACAUUUUUUACAUUUAAUGAUAUAUUUUACUUUUUAGUUGAAUCUGUUAAAAUAUCC